AUGCACAUUCCUGUAGCUCCUACCCCUCUAGUUCCUCAGACCGGCAAAAAUCAGUCGGAGGACUCUUCAGCUGAUCUCCCUGCUCUUCCCCCACCAGAUCAGACUGAGGAACGUUACCUCGACACUGCUGAAAACGCGGACAAAAAUCCCGUUUCUAGCACAAAUACCAUCCCGAUAAAAGAAAUGGAUCCAGAGGCGUCGGUCGAAUCCGCCUUCGACAGUCUCCUCGAGCCGUAUGUCAACGAGUUCAGCGAUGUUGAGGCGUCGCCUGAACACGUCACCGGCGAAUCAGUGACACUACCAAGAGAAUCGACUCCCGAGCCGUCGGAUCUGGCUCAAGAGCAAGAACCGGCCGGUUCGGUCCCGCCCGAGCUGCCAUCUUCAGCCGUGCUCCCCCGUUACGUAUCCAAAGCACCCUCUCAGAGUCCGGAAUUUAUUCCACCCGCUGACUCGAGUCCAUUUGUCAGCCGCCUGGACCAACGACUGACCGAAAUUUUUCACGUCCCUCAAAGUCCGACUGUCCACGAGGACUCGGACGAUGAGCCAGGAAGUGUAAUCGACCUCGGCAGCGUCGACCUAUCGAUGCAUGAAUAUCAAAGCGCCCUCAAGGACGCCAAGGAACGCAAGCUGACGGUCAAACAGCACGGGCAAUUACUCCCAACCCGGGAAGCCAACUUUAAAGUCAAGGCGCUCCAGCACGAGUUGCUUUGUGCACUCCAGAAAGCCGCGCCAGUCUUCGAUCAACGAACUUUUCCUCGAUCAGAGGAUUACAAGAAGAUCAGCAAGCUGGUCUACAAAUUGUUCAACCCUAGCUCGAAAUAUGCGUACUGCGCAAACGCCAGCCUACUAGGCGGUCAGAGCUCCUUGCGCAGCUUUAUCGCCAAAGGACGAGCUCAGAAAAAUUCAUCUGGCGAAGCUUCUUCCUCCAAAACUGAGUCUCGGGACAGCGCUGGUUCAGCCCGCAAUGCCAGCUCCUCAAACAGCGAUACUGGCGCUCAGCCCUCUAGCGCCCCUGCUGGACCUUCUCCGGAACAACCGCGUUCCCUCGCUGGUCGACUCGGCCGGCACGGCCAACACAAAUACAAGCGGGGAAAUCGUGGUGGACGUUUCGGUCCCUAUAAACGUGCCUACCCACGAGGGCCGGCGUCUCGAGGAAAUCGGUCCUCAGCUACCGUCGGUCAAUUGGCUCGAAUCUGGUUUGCGAUCCCGGCUCAUUGCCAUCAGGAGAUCACUGUUCGCCCGCUUGUUACUCCUGGUCGCAACGCGCCUACUUUCCGAACCACGCCUGAGGAAUUCACUCUCUCCUCUAACAGCAUCUGGGUGCUUCGCUUUCCAUUCGUCUACCGUGACGAACAGAAGACUUAUCUUCCGCCGAAGGAAAGCAGCGAGUUUAUUCACUUCAAGGUGUCGAAGAUUCUUUCACGCAACACGGCCAAGGGCUGA